CAUGGCUGCCGGCACGGCCGCCGCCUUAGCGUUCUUGAGUCAGGAGAGCCGAGUCCGGGCUGGGCGUGUCAGGAGUCUGCGGGUCCCGGCCCCGGUUACUAUGGACAGUUUUUUCUUCGGCUGUGAGCUCUCCGGUCACACGCGCUCCUACACCUUCAAGGUAGAGGAAGAGGAUGAUGCGGAGCACGUGCUGGCAUUGACCAUGCUCUGCCUCACGGAGGGGGCCAAGGACGAGUGUAAUGUGGUGGAAGUUGUGGCCCGGAAUCAUGAUCACCAGGAGAUUGCAGUUCCUGUGGCCAACCUCAAGUUGUCCUGCCAGCCCAUGCUUAGCUUGGAUUACUUCCAGCUCCAACCACCUGUAACCUUCCGCCUGAAGUCUGGCUCAGGCCCUGUGCGGAUCACCGGGCGACACCAGAUCGUUACUAUAAGUAAUGAUGUUUCUGAAGAAGAGGAGAACGAGGAAGAGGACAGUGAAGAGGAGGAAGCUGAGUUGUGCCCCAUUCUUCCUGCCAAAAAGCAGAGGGGCAGGCCCUAGCCCCUCUUGGUCAGCUUGCUGCCUGCCACGUGUGCCAUGCACCAUGUUUCUGGACAAGUUCCAAGAAUUUGAAAUGUUUCUUCUCUGUUGAAGAAGAGAGUUUGGGGUGGGGGUUGGGAGGGAGGGACUUGGGCUGGUGGUAGGAGAGAAGGGAGCCUGUUCUCCAUGGGGCCCUGGUGUUCUGGUCCUACACCAUGCCUGGGGCUUCCCUUUUCUCUAGGGGUGGGAGGAACUUCCCUUUUCUCUUGGGUUGGGAGUUCACUUCUAUCCUGACCUUCUUUCUCCACCUGCUUAUGAGGAUUGGAGGUUAGUAUCUGAAGCUCAGAACUAUACAUUUUUAACACUUUUUACAUUUUUGGAUGAAAGUUGAAAUAAAGUGACAUUUUUUGCAACUCA